GGGAAGAGUCCGGUCCGGGUUUUGCCUGCAGCCCCCGGGCAGCGUUCAGUGCUCGGAGCUCCAGCCCGGGCGAGCAAGCUAGCGAGCGCGCGGCGGCGGCGGCGGAGCUGGGAUGUAGAGGCGGCGGCGGCAGCGGCAGCGGCGGCAGCAGCAGCGGCACUGGGAGGGAGCUGGGGCAGCCGAGCCCCACUGCAUCCUUAGCGCCCCGGCGGAGCCCCGGGACCAGCACAUAGUCUGCAUCGUCCCCUCCGGGGCCAUGCGCCCUGCUUCCUAAGCCCCCAUUCGGUGGCGGGCGCCGCGCGCACCCCUCCUCUCUUUUCGUAAUAUUUGAGUAUUAGUUGGGGUGGUUUUUUUUGGUUGUUGUUUUUAAUUUUUGGAGAGGGAAAGCUGGGAGGAAGCGGACAGGGGGGCAGGUGCUUUUUUCCCCCCGCCUUUCUUGUUGCCGCUCUGGAUUCUCUGGGCUAAGCCGGGCGGCGACAGUGCGCACGGAGGUGGCUGCUGCUGCUGUUGCUGUUGCUGCCUGCUACUGCUGCCCGGAGCGGCGGCGGCUGAUCGGCUGCAGCUCCCCCCUGCUUUUCCCAUCGCCCCCCCCCCACCUCCUCGUCCUCCUCCUCCUCUCCCUCCACCUCCCCCCCUUCUCGCGGUUGGCGGCGGCAGCGGCGGCUCCGGAGAGCUCGGUUCCACCAAUGAGGCUCAACUUGCAGAAGACCCACCCCACUGCCAGGCCCUGACACCAGGAACCCCCCUGGAUGGUCCAGGACUGAUACCCCAUACCUACCCCCUUUUCCCCAUCUACUCUGACUGGCCUUCUUCUGGCUGGGAGCCCCAGCAGCUGGUGUGAAGAGCUUCGUGGAGGGAGAGUAGCAGGCUUCCAGACCAUGCAUCUGCCUUGAGGCCACCUCCAUAUUCUCGUUGUCGGCGUCAUCCCUGGCCAUCAGGGGCAGGAGCCCAUUACUGGGCUCGGGGUCGGUUGGGAAGCUCCCCUGACGGGGCUUAGUUGCCAUCCCGGCCCUGGCCCCAACCAUGUCUAGUCUCGUUGGCAGCCCACAGCCCGAUAGCGGCGGCAGCGGCAGUAGUAAGUCAGGCACUGUAGAGAAAUCCAGUUCAGAUGAGGCCCUUCCCCCUGCCAACCCAGAGCGGCGGAACAAGAGCGGCAUCAUCAGUGAGCCCCUCAACAAGAGUCUGCGGAAGUCUCGGCCUCUGUCCCACUACUCUUCCUUCAGUGGUGGCAGCUCGGUGGGUGAGCUGGUGGACAAGGCAGCUGCUGCCUCUGGGCUGGCCAAUGGGCACGACCCGCCCAUGGACAAAACCAACUCUACCUCAAAGCACAAAAGUGGUGCUGUGGCCAGUCUGCUAAGCAAGGCAGAGCGGGCUGCAGAGCUCUCUGCCGAAGGACAGCUUACACUGCAACAGUUUGCUCAGUCCACAGAGAUGCUGAAACGGGUGGUUCAGGAACACCUUCCCCUGAUGAGUGAGGCUGGGGCUGGGCUCCCAGACAUGGAAGCGGUGUCGGGCACUGAGGCCCUGAAUGGCCCUUCCGACUUCCCCUACCUAGGCGCCUUCCCCAUCAAUCCGGGCCUCUUUAUCAUGACGCCUGCAGGCGUGUUCCUGGCUGAGAGCGCCUUGCACAUGGCGGGCCUAGCAGAAUAUCCUAUGCAGAGUGAGCUGGCUUCUGCCAUCAGCUCGGGCAAGAAGAAACGGAAACGUUGCGGCAUGUGCCCGCCCUGCCGACGGCGGAUAAACUGCGAGCAGUGUAGCAGUUGUCGGAACCGAAAAACUGGCCACCAGAUUUGCAAAUUCAGAAAAUGUGAGGAGCUCAAAAAGAAGCCUUCUGCUGCUCUGGAGAAGGUGAUGCUUCCAACGGGGGCCGCCUUCCGGUGGUUUCAGUGACGAGUGGAGCCCGGGAGCUGCCAUCUCGUGCAAUGGCCUUGCUUGUGUUGUCUCAAGUAGGGGAUUCGGGCGAAGACGAAUGGAUGCACCUAUGUCUUUUAGAACCAAAAAUAUUCUCUCGCAGAUUUCAUUCCUGUUUUUAUAUAUAUAUUUUUUGUUGUUGUUUUAACAUCUCCACGUUCUAGUAUAAAAAAAAUCAAAAAACAAAAACAUUUAACUGCUUUGCAGAAGAAGAAAAAAAAGAAAAAUGAAUCUGUAAAGUAUGGAGACUUAAUAGCAGAGAAUGGACAAUCAGUUUCCUUCGUGUGUUGAUGUUUCUGUUGUUUGUGUGGAAGAUGCAGUUUCUGUGUAGAGAAUGUAAAUUUUCAGUAACCUUUUAAAAUCUAGUUACUAAUAAGCACUACUGUAAUUUAGCACAGUUGUUUAACUCCACCUCAUUUAAACUUUGUUUGAUUCUUUCCCAUCAUAAAAUAGCGCAUAGUUUUCCUAGAGUACGCCACUUCAUGUUUAUAAUGAGAAUAUGUUUAUAGCGAUAUAGAGCCCCCUACCCCGGAACCAUCCACAUCUGCAACUUACCAGCCAGGAGCAAAGUGUCAGAGGUGGGCGCCCCCCAAGCAGACCAUGUUGUACCCCAGUGGUCCUUCAAAAGAAAAUUAAACAUGGUGACAAUGACUACUUUAAAAAAAGUUCUGUUACCUAAUUUCUAUGGAUCCAGGGCUCCAACAUACAGAGGUGCCCCUAAUCCCAGUUUUACUUAGAAAGAAAAAAAAAAUCAGUUUUAUAAUCUUGCUAAGGUUAAAGACAGAACUGUCCCCAGGGCAGUGGGGGUGCCCUGGGGCUGAGGAUUCCCCUCCUCUCCCCGCCCCCCACCUACAUCACCACCCCCAGGCCCUGGUCUCUUACUGCUGAUGGACAUGCUGUUUGUAUUGUUUUAGCGAACCAGGCUGUUUUGUGAAUAAAAUGAAUGCAUGUUUUGUGUCUCAAUUCA